CCGCCUCCCAUCGCCACUGAGGCCUUAAUUGUGGGCUUCCAAGGUCGUGCUCACGUAUAUGUAUGAGACCCUGGCCAUGGCGCCGGGCUGGCGUAAAGAUGGCCGGGUCAAUAUCCCAAUCGAGAAGAUAUUUGAUCGAGAUGUGGGAGUCACGGGGUGCAGGUAAAGACGAGGAAUAUGGUACAUCGAAAUCGGCAGAUAACCUAUGCAAGACGCUAGUAACUCUGUUAGUCAAGCCCCACGAAUAUCUCACCACGGAAGGAUCAAGUCAGCCUGGUCAGAUAAUGUUCUGCACCAAGUGAAUGGUGCCAAAUAUCUCAAAAGGCAAGGUAUUCGAGCCACCCUAGCUGACUUUGAAUGCUCAUCUCAACGUGUGACCUUCCUGGCAAGGGAGAUUCUUACAACCUCGGGCCUACUGCGGGGCACGAUACUCUCUUGAAAGUUGUGCUACUACGGAUAUCACGACAAAUUCGGCAUGGUUCAACCCUAUGAUCUGGACACUUAGUAUAGUACUGGAUAAGCUCGCUGCACGUUUCAGCAGCCUCUGCCAGAUCGGGCUGAAAAUCCGCGCCACCAUAAUCCUAGCACAACUAUCCCUUGUCAAUGGAGAUUCUGCUAGUAGAAGAAGGGACGAGUAAUUGGUUGAAUGGAAAGGACCCUAUUUGCAGACCUAAGGAUCUAGCCAGGAAAUAAGGUCCUAGCCCCGCUUUGGCUCCCGCGAGAAGUCGACUUGACUGUUCCACGUGCAAAUUGUUUCCUGUGGAGAAGGGAAUCUGGGGUAGUUAUUUGCAUGCCGGAUACUUGUCUGGGCAUUAUGGGCAUUCUUCCUAAGGCGGGGGGAUAUAAGUAAGAUCUAGAGUCCCCCUCUCUUCAAAAAAUCUCAUAUUUGUAGGGGCUCAAGAUUCACCCCCGAAAGUCGUUUCCUAUCUUCAAUUUGCAAAGGAGAUAAUCAAGUCUAGUCUCUUGUCAAGGCCCUGCUAAACAUGGAACCCAAAUCCGACGGUGGUGCCGCGGAGCACCAGGAGGGCAUGGUGGGCCAUGUUACUCUGAACAAGGAGCCACAAGGCGCAGUGACAGAGAUUAACACCGCGUCCGUUGCUCUUUCUGCGGCCGUUGCAGCUCAACCCCCAAAGCUGAUGUCAAAGAAUAUGAUUAAACUGUACAUGAUAAUGGGCAUUGGUUAUUUGAUUUCCACCAUGAACGGAUUCGACUCGUCGCUGAUGGGUUCCAUCAACGCUAUGAAACCAUACCAGGAGUCAUUUGGGCUCACGGGGGCAGGAUCCUCAACCGGCGUGAUUUUCAUCAUCUAUAAUCUAGGUCAAAUCGCCGCCUUCCCCUUCUGCGGUCUCUUAGCCGACGGCUACGGCCGGAAAGUCUGCAUCUUCGUCGGAUGUCUCGUCGUCUGGAUUGGAACCGCCAUUCAAACACCCGCAAGGACCAUGGGAAUGUUUAUGGGAGGUCGUUUCCUUCUCGGUCUUGGUGCAGCUCUCGCUUCUGCCGCAGGACCGGCUUAUACCGUCGAGCUCGCUCACCCGGCAUACCGUGGCACGAUGGCCGGUAUGUAUAACAACUUUUGGUGGUUGGGUAACAUUCUUGCUGGAUGGGCGACCUACGGGAGUAACUUGCAUCUGAAGGAUUCUUGGGCUUGGAGAGUUCCUACCCUCGUGCAGGCUGGUUUGCCUGGUGUUGUCUUGGUUUUGAUUCUCUUUUUCCCGGAGUCUCCUCGUUGGCUUAUCGCCCAGGAUCGGCGGGAAGAAGCAUUGGACAUUCUGGCCAAGUACCACGGUGAUGGUGAUCGUCACCAUCCCGUUGUCCAGCUCCAGUACCAUGAAAUCGUGGAAGAACUCAGCGCUACGCGAGACGAGAACCCCUGGUGGGACUUCCGCGAGUUGGGAAACACGCGCGCCGCACGAUAUCGCUUGUUCAUGGUCAUUGCCAUGUCUUUCUUUGGUCAAUGGAGCGGCAACAACGUGGUGUCAUAUUUCAUGCCACAGAUGAUCAUCCAGGCCGGUGCUAUCUACGGUGCCACACUUCUGGACCGACUAGGCCGUCGAACCAUGCUUUUAUGGGGUCUUUCCGGAGGACUAGCAGCCUAUAUCAUGCUUACUGCAUUUACUGCGCAGAGCAAGGAUCACGCCUCGCUGAGCUACGGCGUGAUCGUUUCUAUCUACCUCUUCGGCAUUAUCUUCGCAUGGGGAUUUACUCCUCUGCAGACUCUCUAUGCCGUCGAGUGUCUUGAAAAUCGCACUCGUGCCAAGGGAUCCGGUCUCAACUUUUUGUUCCUGAACGUUGCCAUGGUGGUCAACACCUACGGAAUCUCGGUGGGUAUCGAGAAGAUUGGGUGGAAACUGUACCUUGUCUAUAUUGCUUGGAUCGUUGUCGAGAUGCUCGUUAUCUAUUUCUACUUUGUGGAAACGGCUGGCAAGACCCUGGAGGAGCUGAAAGAUAUAUUUGAUGCACCGAACCCUCGGAAUGCCAGUAUGAAGAGGACCAAGGUCGAGAUAGAUGAGUCGGGUGCCGUUGUUGGAUUGGAGGCCUGA